UUCUUCGAAUUGAUAAGAACUCGAAUAUGGGUUGUCAAAAUGAGCGGACGAAUUCGCAGUGCUAUCUGUGAAAAAAUUUCACAGGCAACACAAAUUGCUCAUAAUGUAUACCAUGAGUUGGAGGUACCGGCAAAACGUUCUGCAAUACUACAAUGGACUCCAUCAUCCAGUGACAUAAGCAAUGAGUUACUUCAAAUAAUACCAAACCUACAAUAUGAAAAAUCCUUAAUUAAAGCGGUGCACCUAUUACCAGCUAAUGGUAAAGCUUCAGCUCGUGUGGAAUUUCAACUACAAAUGCAGUCAUUUGCAGAGUCGUUACUGCAGGAGGACAACAAACCUGUGCCACAAAUAGGAUCUCAUGUGGUAUUCGAUUUUAGUUCUCCCAACAUAGCCAAGCCAUUCCAUGUUGGUCACUUACGUUCGACAAUCAUUGGAAAUGUACUUUCUAAUUUACACCAGCAUUUGGGUUAUGAGGUAACACGCAUCAACUAUCUUGGCGAUUGGGGUACUCAAUUUGGUAUGCUACAUUUAGGCGUUCAAAUGCUUGGUAUAACAAAUGAGCAGAUGCGUGCUAAACCAAUUGAAACACUAUAUUCCGCGUACGUAACUGCCAACACUUUAGCUAAAACAGAGCCCAGUAUUAUGGAGAAAGCAAGAGAAUGCUUCACGAAGCUAGAAACUGGAGCUGACGCUGAAUUGGCRCGACAGUGGCAAGAAUAUCGUAAGCACACCGUAACUGAAUUAGAGCAGGUUUAUGCGCGGUUGGGUGUACGUUUCGAUCAAUAUGAUUGGGAAUCGCAGUACUCGCAACGAGAAAUCGGCAAUGUUUUAAAGCGCUUGCAAGAACAUGCGCUUCUGCUAGAUGAAAGCGAUGGAAGAAAAGUUGUGGAAGUGGAUGGAAGACGUAUACCGGUGGUGAAAAGUGAUGGUUCCAGCUUAUAUUUAACACGAGACAUAGCAGCUGUGCUCGAUCGGUUUCGGCGUUAUAACUUUGAACGRAUGUAUUAUGUGGUGGAAAAUGGACAAGCGGAUCAUUUUAAUGCGCUUUUUAAAACGACAGCCGCUCUGACAACCGACAUACCGUUAGAUAGUAUGGUACAUAUAAAGUUCGGACGAAUACACGGCAUGAGCACGCGUAGCGGCAAAGUAGUGUUCUUGCGUGACGUGCUGAAUGAAGCGCGUGAUUUAAUGCUUGAAAAGCAGUUGCAAAGUGCUACAACUAAAGUGGAAUUGUCCAGUUCAUCCAGUGAUUACAAAACUGUUGCCGAUAUACUGGGUGUGUCGGCCGUCAUCACAAAUGAUUUGAAACAACGCCGACAACGUGACUAUGACUUCGAUUGGAAAAAAGCAUUACAAGUGAAUGGCGACACGGGAAUCAAACUGCAAUACACACAUUGCCGACUACAUAGCUUGUUACAGAAUCUAAAGCAUGUUGAUACCUCCAACUGUAAGGUGGAUGUAGCGCAGUUAUCGGAGCCUGAAGCACAAAGCCUAUUACAUGAAAUAGCUCGAUUUGACCAAGCUGUGUGGAUGUCGAAGCAACAGCUAGAAGCAUGCGUACUGGUGAACCACCUAUUCACACUUUGCAACUCAACUAGUCGAGCUUUAAAACGCCUAAAUAUUAAAAAUGAGGAAAGCCUUAGUAAACAACAAAACCGGUUGCUCCUAUUCAGUGCCGCUAAACGUAACCUAAAUACAGGCAUGCGUAUACUGGGAUUACGUCCACUGGAACAAAUGUAGUUUUCGUUAAGUUUUGCAAAAUAAUAUUUUUUUUUUUUUUUGGAAUUUUGUGUGUGUAAGCAAAUUAAUUUUUAUUKUACUAAUGAUGCUUACAAAUGUGCUUUCAAAUAUAGAUUUUAUUUAAUAUAUAAA